CAACCCUUUAAUAGAACCUGUACUACCUGGCAAGUCUACUCCAGAAAAUAUUCUGCACAGUACCAUGCAGUACCAUGCAAACCAUACCAGGAAGCAUUUUGUAGAAACCAACUCCCACAAAGCAAUUGAAUGCAGACAAUCUACAAAGCCUACCACUGAUGAAAAACCUUCCACCAAGUCCACUACCGAAACAAGAUUCUCAGCCAGCUCUACGAACGAAGGCCUCAGCCUCUGUAAAAGCCCCAUCCACAAACAGAGGAAUGUCAUCGCCAUCUCAGCCAAAGACUGGACAGACAGAGACAGACACAAUGGAAGAUGUGGAAGCCAAUGCAUCAGGUGCACAGGGGAAAGCAGCCAGAAGAGAUACACACUGUACGAAGCCUACGAUAUCAACUGCAUCUUCGACUGUUGACAAUGUAGACAAGGUAGACAAGCCCCAAGCUCCAACCGCUAAACCUAACCCUGCUAAGGCUGCACUGAAUGCAAUGAAACCUAAAAGUCUGAAGACCAUGUUCAGUGGCUGGUCGCGCCUCAAAAAACACAUGGUCGUUGAACCAGAGGAACCUCAGUUCCCAGAGCCAGAGCCUGAAUCUGUCAGCAGGGAUGGCGCCACCUACAGUAAGAACACUGACCAGGCCAAAUCUAGUCAAGCUUCUUCAGCAGAGGUCAAAGACCACUCUGAGAAGGGCAAAGAAGUGCUGAAGGAGACAGAGGCGCCCAGAGCAAUGAAGAUGUGGGACGCCAUGCUCUUCCAGAUGUUCUCUACCAAGGAUGCAAUCAUGCAGCAGAUCAAAGCUAGCAAAACUCCUAAUGGUUCCGACAAGAAGAAAGACCAGAGAGAGCAGACCAAUAAGACACGGAAAGCCAAUCAGCAGAAAGAUAAUGAGAUGGAGGUUGUCCCCUCUUUUGCCAAUCGCCUGCCGCUCCUCCUCUACAGUCCACGCUUUGAUGCCAGAAAGAUAAAAGAGGCUGCAGAGAAGCCGCUGGUGAAGAUGUCAGCUGUGUUCCAAAGGGGGCUGAUUAACCGCAAAAAUCAGGACGGGGAAGGGAAGGACUUUAAUAAAACUGCCAGGGGAUUCGGUUCAUCAAGAACAACUGAUGUCUGACUUGGAACUCACACCAGAAUAUUUCUGCUCAAUCUUCUCAUUAAGUAGAUGAAUAAACCUCAAUAUAUUCAUUUCAGUUAUCAUAUAGCUAGAGGUUUGUAUGUUAAAUAAGCUUCCGAUCAAGGGCUGCAGUGCAGUAGGCUAUGCCAGGAUAUUUAUUUCAAUAUGGUGUUUAAACUAUGAUUUUAACUAUGAUCAUGAGCUCAUAAGACAAUGAUGUUGGAUGCAUGCAGAUGUUGUAUUUUUUUAAGCAUUGCUAGUGUUUUAGUCUUGGAGUGUUCACCCUGGGUGAGGUUAGGAGUAGAGUGUCUGAUGUCAGUGUGUAAUUAAUAGGGCUUGUACAUUCCUGGAUUGAUGGGAUGGAAGGGCAUUGGAUGACAGAGCAGUGUAGCUGUGAGAGAGGUGGAGCCUAGCUAGAGAUGGAGCUUAACUAGAUCUGGAGCCUAGCUAGAGGUGGAGUCUAGCUAGAGGUGGGGCCUAGUUAGAGGUGGAGCCUAGCUAGAGGUGGAGGCUAGCUAGAGGUGGAGCCUAGCUAGAGGUGGAGGCUAGCUAGAGGUGGAGCCUAGCUAGAGGUGGAGGCUAGUUAGAGGUGGAGCCUAUCUAGAGGUGGAGGCUAGUUAGAGGUGGAGCCUAGCUAGAGGUGGAGGCUAGUUAGAGGUGGAGGCUAGCUAGAGGUGGAGCCUAGCUAGAGGUGGAGGCUAGCUAGAGGUGGAGGCUAGCUAGAGGUGGAGCCUAGUUAGAGGUGAAGCCUAGUUAGAGGUGGAGGCUAGUUAGAGGUGGAGCCUAGCUAGAGGUGGAGGCUAGCUAGAGGUGUAGCCUAUCUAGAGGUGGAGGCUAGUUAGAGGUGGAGCCUAUCUAGAGGUGGAGGCUAGUUAGAGGUGGAGCCUAGUUAGAGGUGGAGCCUAGCUAGAUGUGGAGGCUAGCUAGAGGUGGAGGCUAGUUAGAGGUGGAGGCUAGCUAGAGGUGGAGCCUAGUUAGAGGUGGAGGCUAGUUAGAGGUGGAGCCUAGCUAGAGGUGGAGCCUAGUUAGAGGUGGAGCCUAGCUAGAGGUGGAGCCUAGUUAGAGGUGGAGCCUAGCUAGAUGUGGAGGCUAGCUAGAGGUGGAGCCUAGUUAGAGGUGGAGCCUAGUUAGAGGUGGAGCCUAGCUAGAGGUGGAGCCUAGUUAGAGGUGGAGCCUAGCUAGAGGUGGAGCCUAGUUAGAGGUGGAGCCUAGUUAGAGGUGGAGGCUAGUUAGAGGUGGAGCCUAGUUAGAGGUGGAGCCUAGCUAGAUGUGGAGGCUAGCUAGAGGUGGAGCCUAGCUAGAGGUGGAGCCUAGCUAGAGGUGGAGGCUAGCUAGAGGUGGAGCCUAGUUAGAGGUGGAGCCUAGCUAAUAGAGGUAUAUACACCAGACUAGAGGGAGAACUCUAACUUUGAACUAAACACCAUAAACUGUGACUGCAUGCACCGUUUUUAAAGUCAAUGGAAAAGAUAUGAAGUUUUCCCUCUAGUGUUAAUAACUUUACAGGGGAGCUCCGGAAGGGGCACAACUGCAGAAGAUGGACAUACAGGGAGAGAAGGUGUGGCUUAAAUAGAAGGCAGCAGAAGGAUACGCAGGCCCUACUGGAAAUGACAACACAAAAAAGUUGGUUUGAAAAGCACUUUCAGUUUGCAGGUUCGUUGAAAAUAUAUUUAAAUAGCAAAUGGAAUCUAUUAAUGUUAUGUAAAAUGUCCAGUAGGAGGAGGGAGACAGUUUUUAGAUACGUUGGAGAUUCUCUGAGCAGAAGAAAGGACAGAGAGAAACGAGAUGGACAUGGGCACUUAUGGGACAUGAUGAUAGGACAUGGAUCCUUAUGGGACAUGAUGAUAGGACAUGGAUCCUCAUUGGGACAUGAUGAUAGGACAUGGAUCCUUAUGGGACAUGAUGAUAGGACAUGGAUCCUUAUGGGACAUGAUGAUAGGACAUGUAUCCUUAUGGGACAUGAUGAUAGGACAUGGAUCCUUAUGGGACAUGAUGAUAGGACAUGUAUCCUUAUGGGACAUGAUGAUAGGACAUGUAUCCUCAUUGGGACAUGAUGAUAGGACAUGGAUCCUUAUGGGACAUGAUGAUAGGACAUGGGUCCUCAUUGGGACAUGAUGAUAGGACAUGUAUCCUUAUGGGACAUGAUGAUAGGACAUGGAUCCUUAUUGGACAUGAUGAUAGGACAUGGAUCCUUAUGGGACAUGAUGAUAGGACAUGGAUCCUUAUGGGACAUGAUGAUAGGACAUGGAUCCUUAUGGGACAUGAUGAUAGGACAUGGAUCCUCAUUGGGACAUGAUGAUAGGACAUGGAUCCUUAUGGGACAUGAUGAUAGGACAUGGAUCCUUAUGGGACAUGAUGAUAGGACAUGGUUCCUUAUGGGACAUGAUGAUAGGACAUGUAUCCUUAUGGGACAUGAUGAUAGGACAUGGAUCCUUAUGGGACAUGAUGAUAGGACAUGGGGCCUCAUUAGGACAUGAUGAUAGGACAUGGGUCCUCAUUGGGACAUGAUGAUAGGACAUGUAUCCUUAUGGGACAUGAUGAUAGGACAUGGAUCCUUAUGGGACGAUGAUAGGACAUGUAUCCUUAUGGGACAUGAUGAUAGGACAUGUAUCCUCAUUGGGACAUGAUGAUAGGACAUGGAUCCUUAUGGGACAUGAUGAUAGGACAUGGGUCCUCAUUGGGACAUGAUGAUAGGACAUGUAUCCUUAUGGGACAUGAUGAUAGGACAUGGAUCCUUAUUGGACAUGAUGAUAGGACAUGGAUCCUUAUGGGACAUGAUGAUAGGACAUGGAUCCUUAUGGGACAUGAUGAUAGGACAUGGAUCCUUAUGGGACAUGAUGAUAGGACAUGGAUCCUCAUUGGGACAUGAUGAUAGGACAUGGAUCCUUAUGGGACAUGAUGAUAGGACAUGGAUCCUUAUGGGACAUGAUGAUAGGACAUGGUUCCUUAUGGGACAUGAUGAUAGGACAUGUAUCCUUAUGGGACAUGAUGAUAGGACAUGGAUCCUUAUGGGACAUGAUGAUAGGACAUGGGUCCUCAUUAGGACAUGAUGAUAGGACAUGGGUCCUCAUUAGGACACGAUGAUAGGACAUGUAUCCUCAUUGGGACAUGAUGAUAGGACAUGGAUCCUUAUGGGACAUGAUGAUAGGACAUGGAUCCUCAUUAGGACAUGAUGAUAGGACAUGGGUCCUCAUUAGGACACGAUGAUAGGACAUGGGUCCUCAUUGGGGCAUGAUGAUAGGACAUGGAUCCUUAUGGGACAUGAUGAUAGGACAUGGAUUGCUUUAUGAUGAAUGUCUUCAAUGGUGCAGAAUGGAUAAGAAUGAAGGAAUGUAAGAUAAAGGUGCCUCAGGCAAUAAACUACAGAAGGGUCUUCGUGAUAUAGGAAGACGUGUAAUAAACUACAGAAGGGUCUUUGUGAUACAGGAAGAUGUGUAAUAAACUACAGAAGGGUCUUUGUGAUACAGGAAGACGUGUAAUAAACUACAGAAGGGUCUUUGUGAUACAGUAAGACAUGUAAUUAACUACAGAAGGGUCUUCGUGAUACAGGAAGUUAAGUGGGUAAGUGACACUGACAGUUAAUUUGUUAAAUGAUGAAGACGCAGUUGGUGUUUUAAAAUAAGCUUUUGAUAAUUUUGUUGCUGGAAUAGAUCUAAUGAGCAUGAUUUUUUUUUCUUAAAGCUUUAAAGGUUUAUUCUUCUGUAAGGAACUUUUGAGAAUUUGUGGCAUAAUUUUUUUAAUUUAAGAUGUCUAUUUUUGUUAUAGCUAUGUGAUGCUUCUCAGGUCUUUGUUUAAUGAAAUGAUUUUUCAUUGAUAAAUAACGGGUGUACCCUCAUGAGCCAACCAUAACCACACUGCUGCUUUACACUUGUUCUAGAAUUGGCUCGACUCAAAAGUAAAAAAUUACUGUGGCACCGGGUUCAAAACUGAAGAAGGAAAAACCUGUAUUGAUUGUAUAUACAGGACAUUAUUUUGUAUAGACAUGUCCAGUAUAGAAUGCUGUUGCCUAUCGUGUGAUUAACUAAAUUAUUGCUUAUUGUCUACAUGUUUACAUUGAAGUAAACUCUAAGCUGUUG